UACAUCUGGUUGCUGUGUAUGCAUAUAUAUCUCCUAGCAGGACUCUAUAGAAGAAGAGUUUACUCUUGGAUGUAUGUGACACCAGCAGUGCUGCCUUAUGCCUUCCACGUGGUGUUGAUAAUAAACAUCAUCAUGAACAUUUCCUAUCUGUUCCUGUUUGACAGAGAGUUGUUAUUGGCAUCUCUGAUAAUGUCUGCGUCGAUGGCCUUUACAAACUGCCUUCUAAUGUUCUUCUCCUGUUACGGGGUCAAGGUGUAUGGAGCCUGGCUGAACAAGCAUCACUCUCUUGAUCUUUGGCUUCUUCGUAUUUUGGUGCAAAAUGGGGUGGCCAUGUAUGCAACAUUUACAAGUAUUGUUACCCUUUUGAAGCUGACCAUUGUUCUGCAGUAUACAGUGAAGAUGAAUAGUUCCAACUCCGCCAUCAUCUCCUUGUCUUUCCUUCUCGCUACGAUUCUGAUCUGGUUUGCGGUGGAAAACAUCUUGCUGGAGAAUCAUUUCCGCUACAUCCUCUCUGUCUACCCAGUGGUGAUCCUGGUGCUAGCUGGUAUUGUGUCCCAUGACUCCAUACCUGGCCCUAAUGAUGUGGUUUCAGCGGCCCUCCUGGGCGUGACCUGCCUACUCCUCCUCGUGCGGAUCUCCCUGGUGGUGUGGCGCCACUGCCGGCACCCUCUCUACCAACCCGAUAUGCCGGUGAUGUCACCGAUGGAACUGGUCAGGACGCAGAACCAAGUGUUUUUCUAGAUACAGUACAGGCAAUGGGACGCAGGUGAGGGAUGGUAGGGGCUAGUUCUAGGAACUGGAACUACAGGGGCUGGAUCCUGUCAGAGGCGGACAUCCUGGGGCCAGAAAAUGAAAGUCCUGCCUUAUAUUAUUUCUACCUGUGCAUUUAACACAGGUGAUAUAACUAAUUAUCUGAUCUACCUGGCUGCUGAUUAGGAUUUGCUGGUCUACUAAAAUGGUUGGGUCAAACACUUGGCAGGAUUUUCAUUUUCCGAACCCGGGAUGUCCACCUUUGGAUCCUGUUAUGUAGAUUUGAAAGAUGUCUGUCUCCCGUCUUAAAUGCAUUGGUGUUGUAAUGAUUGAAUAUGCCAGAGCAUGUUGUGGGA